GUCAUCCCUUUCUCGCAAUCUAGGGUUCUUGUCGUGCCAUUUACAAGCUCUUCUAGGUUUUGGUAGCACGCCAGAAGGAUCUUGCAAGAAAUUGGUCUAGAGGGAUUCUUUUUUUUUUUUUUUGCGAGGAAUGCUUUUUUUCUUUGAGAAACUUACUACAGCUUGUUUUUUCUUAGACCGCUACACCGUGCUAGGGUUUUGGGCGAGAUGGAGAUGAGCGAGGAGCUCGAUCCUUUUCUCGCUGCCUACGGCCGGGAGGUAAAGCAUGCCAGGCUCCAGGACCGCUGCCUCUACAUCCCGUCUGGCUUCUUGGGCCGUUACAACCUGUCCAAGCUCUGGGUCCAUCCAAACUACCUUUUCAUGGAUCAGUUCAUUGCGGAGAAGUGGAGCAGGGUCGUGAAUGAGAGGAAAGGGUUGAAGAACUUCCACAUCGUCUCAACGCCAGGUAUCGGCAAGACGUUCUAUGGCCACUACUUCUUUCACAGUAGAGCUCAGGAAGGACAGAAAGUAGUGUGGAGGACCGAAGAUCCAGAGUACUUCUUCUUCGACUUCUCGCUGGACGAUCCUCUGGUGCUGCAAUCGAACUGGUAUACUCGACCGCGGGGGUGGGACAUGACGAGCGUCUGGCUCAUCGUCGACGGGGGCUCGAGGGGAAUAAGUCACCUGGGGCCUCUCAUCCAGUGCGUCUCGCCAGAUCGCACUGGCUACUACGAGUUCUCCAAGGACCAUGGCUAUAUAUGCCGCCUGGGAGCGUGGUCUCUCGAGGAGGCGCAGCAGUGCAACGAGGAGCUUGAGCUGGGAAUGACAGACGAGGAAAUCGGUGUCCGCUUUUACUACUGUGGCGGGCUACCAAGGCUUCUCUUCAACACGGAGAAGUUCUCGGUGGCCGCGCUCCAAGGGUUGGUGCACGAGGCAGCUGCCAGGGUGGAGAGCUGGAGAAAUGUGCUCCACUGCACACUCAACUCGGACAAGGACCCCGCUGUUUCUGAUAUUCUGCUCCACUACCGUCUUACGACUGACAGAUUCGACUCGAACAUACACCUGGUGUUUGGCUCGGACUGCAUUCAGAAGCUUGCUUUUGAAAGGUUUGAGGAGCAGGGGUUUCAGGCUUUCCGUGACUUUUUCGACUUAUGCCGGGGAUAUCCGGUUGCAAACACCUUGGCGGGCAAAAUAUACCAGCAGCACGUCCACAAGGUACUUGCCACUGGAGGUGACGAGUUUGAUCUUCGAUCCUUGGAAGAGGAAGGUGACGGCGUCGAACUCUUCCGUCGGAGGCCGACGUCAGUGAAGCGGCUGCGCGAGUGGAAAGUGUUCGUAAAGAAGCGGUGCGUGGGGUCUGGUUUCAACGUUUACUCCAAGGACGUGAGUCCUGCGGACGCUUAUCGUGCAGGGGCGGAGGAAUCACGGGGCCUUGCAGGCUUGCCUGACAAUUGCUUCGUGGAGCCUUACGCGUCAAACGAGAAAUCUUUCGACUCGUUGGUCACUCCGGACGUAAUUCUCCAGGUUACAACGUCAGCCACGCAUCCGGUCUAUUGGUCCAAGAUCCACGAGCUCGUUCACGGGUUGGAUGAGUUGCAUGACAAGCUCAAGCUGGUGCGUCCCAAGCAGUACAAACUCAUCUACGUCGUUCCCGAGCCUAGCUUUGAGGGAUACACGUACCAGGGCUUCAAGAAAGACGAUGGAUCCAUGUAUCAGAGAGAUGUUGCCGGGAUGGACAGGGUUCAUCAGUAUGUGAUGACUGUUCCAUGGAGUUUGCAUUAAGCUCUUCAAAAGUGACUGAAACAGAAAUCCCGUGGCUCUUGUUACAAAAGAAUCAAAGUUUAAACUAAAACUUCUGCUCGCGUUACCUUUGCUAAGAACUUCAUACUAAAGAUCUCCAGAGGUUACCACUUACAUCAUCUGUGAGCCAACACAACAAUCGAACGAUGAUCUA